UGACGAGCGAUCACUGUUUUCAGGGUGCUAGGCGAUAGUAAACAACCUGCCCUGAACACGUUUGACAUUCAAGAUGGCGGCCAUAUGGGCUGUCACUUUACUGCUUGUUGGAUACUUUUCGGUGUGUGAUGGCGCCGUUUGUAAGACACGACGUCGCUACAGCAGCUACAGCAGCUACUACUACACGUCCUACAUGUACUGUUCCAAUGGAUGCUGCGGGUCAAACACAAGACGUUACUGCUGCAGCUCGUCGAGUGGCUACAUCGUUGGUAUCGUGAUAGGGGUGAUCCUAACCGCCAUGAUUAUCGGAUUCCUCAUCGCCUUCUGCAUAAAAAAGAAGAAGAGGCCAGGACGAAUCAUCAUGCCGAUGCCGCGUCAGCCUGUCAUGACGUACACAGGGACAUCACGAGGCCCAGGACCUGGCUCCUAUGCCCCACCCACCAGCUACUUCCCAGUGCCCCCUCCCUACAAAUCCCACGACCCCCCACCCCCGUACGGUUAUACAGAUCCUGCGUACCCUCCUGGAUAUAACAAUAACAGCGGUCAGAUAAAUACUCGGACGCUACCCCCAGGAACUAUCCACCCACCGCCGUCCAUGCCACCGGCAUGGCAGGCCCCACCCCCCGGGUCCCCUCCGCCGAAUAACAAUCCAUCGAUGCCACAGCCCGACCCCCCUCAAAUGUUUCAACCCAACCCCCCUCCAACGGCACCGUCAUAUGAAGCUCUGACCCCCCACCGGCCUCCCCUCGCCACAGCACCAGGGGCUACAGGUAGUCACCCACCCCCAGCGCACCUCCCACCCAUAAACAAUCUACCGGCGACGGUGCCACCCAACAAGGAAGGACUAUGAGAGCAGUGAUGGAAAUGCCGUAAAUGCUUGAAUAAGCGCUGGAUUUCGUACGGUCUUCAGACAGCAGUUUCUUUUUCAGAAGAUGUCUACAUUGAAUUCGUUCACUUUCGUUUAAAAAGUUACCAUGUUUUACAAUUUUUAAGGGAAAUCUCUUGACAAUGUGUGUAUUCAAUACAGGCGUACAGUAAACUACGUUUAUAACGAACACGCUUAUAACGAACUGACGGAUAUAACGAACUGUUUUUUGGUCCCGUCCAUUUCCUGUAAAUAUGCUUAUAACGAACUACGGUUAUAACGAACUACAUUAAGUGGUCCCUUUCAGUUCGUUAUAACCGUAGUUUACUGUAUAUUGUUUCUGUGCGGUACGUUCGCCUGUCUGUGCGUCUGUGCGUCGGUACGUCGUUGAUUCAGGCUAGACGUUUAUUCAAGCAUUUACAACAGACCCACAGUCUGGAGGCUAGCUUCCACAGAGUACCACAAGGAAAAGAGGAGCAUAUCAGGCUCCUGUGUGCCUUAUCAAGUGCUUCCCUACAUACGGAAGGUGACUGGAUUUUAUGAACGUUUGAAUUUUCGAAACAUCAUGUUUUGUAUACUAAGUGCACAGUUAUGCAAAAUCCAUAUAUUGGGGAAAGAUUAUUUCCAUGCUAAUAAUCCGCCCUGUCACAUUAUUACGAUGGUUUUUUUUGUAAAUUGGUAACACCAGAGUGAUUUAUAACAAGGGUAAGAAUUGAGGCCUGUCAUUUGUCAGGGGUCAAAUGUAAAAGAUGUACUUAACAUAACUUUGACACACAUAAUAUCGUUACAAUCAGCCUUCUGGAAGACAACAAUGUAUUUAUUUCAAUGAAAUACAUUUCACCGACUGUGUCCUUAUGACAUAAGGGGCCAUGUAUUUCACAUUCUGGGAUUUUAUCCCAAAAAAUAAAAUGUCCCCGACAAUUCUUGAAAAAAUAAGAAGAUGUUGGGAAAAAAUCCCAAUUGUCUUCCACAUUUCUUACAUCGUUGCAAUGUGUUUUCAUAAAAAUAUUUUGACUCAUAGUUUUAAUGAAAACAAUUUGGGUUUGCAGUUUUAGCUGAAAAAAAUAUCUUUAAAAAAUCCAAACCCUCCAGAAUAUCAAAUGGUCAGCCCUGAGUCUAUUCUCUCCGUACUCAACACAUUUACAGACCGCCCACUUAUAGUAUUUAUAUUUACAUAAAAAGAUGUGCAGUAUAUUUUUUGUAGAUACGAUAUUGUAAUAUAAAUAAUUGCAUACUUACAUGAUGUUUUCCCAGUGUUCUUGUGGGAAUAACACGUGCCCUGUUACCUUGAUAAUACACGAUUAAAUUGAGGAUGAGUUGGUCACAAUGACUGCUUUAUAGAAAUAGUAGAUGUACAUAUUCUUGAUUUGGUGAUAUUACAAAGAGCGGUCAGCUAAGUCUGACUGUUCUAAUGGUUUUAUAAUGGUUUGGUUGGUCCAGACUAUAUCCUACAAACUAUAGCUGCAGUGUUGCUGAUUCCACAGUAGAAACAAACCUCCCUCCCUUAUUUUCAAUUCAAUCAAUCAUACGUGUAGUAUUGUUGAGGUGUGUUGAUCUAACCUGUCACGUGAUACGUUAGAGAUAAAAAGGCGAGAGAGUGGUUUAUGUGAAUGAGUGAGGGAAAAUGUAACGAGAACAAGUUUAUCAUCUAAAACUGGCUCCCACAGGAGAUUACACUUGGAUGAGAUAAAAUUGCAUCACAAUGCUUUGCAGACCAUUGUGACGUCAUUGUUACCAUGACGUCACAAUCAAAUGACGUCACUAAUGGCUCUGCAACUGAAGCUGUUAGCUGUAUUUUUUACACUUAUGACACUGCUAAUUACUGUCUACAAACUGAAAAAGUUGGAAGAAUGAUGUUUGAUGAUAAAUAAAAUCUCACCCUCGUGUCUUUUGAUAUCAAAUAUGUCAACACUCGUUGAUAACGGUAGAAAAACUCCUUGCCAAGCCUCUGAGUUUUUCCACUUUUAUCAACUCGUGUUGAUAUAGUUGAUAUCAAAAGACACUCGGGUGAGAUUCUCUAUUUAUUAUCUACAAGUAUGUCCCCAAAAUACAUCAAAGGUAUAUUUAAAAGAAAAUUUGUCAAACAUAUUUUAGCAUAACAAUACUAUUUACGGACCUUUAAAACUCGGACUAUAUUCAAUCAGCGGAUGUGUACAUAGAGAUGGAGGUAUUCAACACGUACAUUGUUUUGAAAAUGUGCACAUGUAUGUAUAUUUGUUCUCCAAGGUCUUUCAUAUCUUUAUGAACAUAUUUGACUUUAUACGCAGUAUUAUGUCGGACGCCGUCUUCACAGCAAUACACUCCGCGUGUAUGUUGUUGAGAGAUUAUGAUUUGCAUACGUAAACAAUUUGACGAGACAUCACCACGAUGUGGAAGAAAUAGUUCUGUAAAUUGUAUCCGAGUCCAAAAGAGUCGAAAUCCCAAAAGGAGACAAUAACUGCGACUAACAAACAUGCACGUUAUUUCCGAAAUGUUACAUUUGAUAUGCUUCGCGCGUUUGUAUCAUAUAAUCGUAUUGUAACUUUAACAAGUGCCUUCAAAUGUAUAAUGGUGUUUUUGGUAAAUAAAAUAUGUACUAUUACUAUGAUACCAGAAUGGUCACAGCAGAGAUAAUACAAAUAAAUAAUACAAAUAAUGAAUAAAUAAUCAACGUUUGUUCACGUGGAAAGAGUGUGUAGUUUCUAAUCACCGACUCUUGGCACCACUGGUAUUUGUAUUAGUUGUUUUUAAGUUUGUUAAUCGUAUAUUCAUGUUUUAAUGGGGGUCUGUCGGGUAGCCUAGUGGUUAAAGCGUUCGCUCGUCAAAGACCCGGUUUCGAUUCCCGACAUGGGUACAAUGUGUGAAGCCCAUUUCUGGUGUCCCCCGCCGUGAUAUAGCUGGACUUUUGCUAAAAGCGGCGUAAAACCACACUCACUGACUGUUUUAAUUGGUCCCUUAUAGUUAGAGCGUGUCAUGAUAGAACUUGUAUUGCUCGCGAAAUGAUAUAUAAACUAUAAAAAGGAUCUCGACCACUCGCCCAGUUUGUAAAAAAUAUAAUGUGAAAUGUAUGUUUUGGUCCUGACCUUUUUAGAAAGGUCAGGUCUGCAAAGGUAUAUUUGAGCCGAGCCCAAUAUUUUUAUGCUAACCUAAAAUGACACCGUAUACGGCAACUAAAGACACUAUAACGAAUUUAUAAUGCGGAAAUAAUUUCAACUCUGGUAUUCUUAUCGCACGUUUCAUGUCAAAAUGUAAACUUGACACUUAUAACAUGAGUUGACGUGAAGGGUCAAAGGGAGACUACUCUUCAAACCUUAGAGGCCAAACUUUUUUGAAAGUUUUAACUAUAAUCUCGAACGUGAUCUAAAAACCAGAUUAAUGUCCUUGCACAUCAAAUUAAUGACAGUAUAACACAAAACAGUGUCAAAUAACGAAUUUCGGUACCAGAAUUUCCAUGUGAAAUAUGUGAGGUGAAUGUUAGAAAAUCCAAGUUGGCUGUUACUGACGGUAUACAGUCUCAUAUUUCGUCAGUAUCAACCAUUUUGGAUUUUUAUUGACAGUAUACGGGCUCAUGGGGUGAGUAAAUCUGGUCUCUGAUUGGUCAAUCUAACUUUGAGGCAUAAUAAAGCAUUAUAUCUCAUGUGAUUUAUCCAAACGGGAUUCUUUUGGUUGCAAACGUUAUAAGCGGUAACUGUUGCAGCCUACAACAUCAUUGGUAUUGUUGGGCAGAACAGCUGUGAUAUGUUUAUUAAUGUGGUUAUGUAGAAAGGAAGUUUUGUAUCUGUGUGAAAACGUUUUUUUCUCAAUAAAAUCAAUGGAAAGUGUU